UGGACCUUGAGGAAACAGUGGUACAGCACACACCAAGUCAUUUUUAUGUGAUUUGUCUGGCGCUUUCCCUGAUUAGUUUAACAGAGACUGGUAUUAGUGCAAAAAAGCCUCCAGUAGAGAUGCCCACCAGAAUCAAUUAAAGCAAUGUGCUGAGCAUCAAGAUGUCUGCACAUUCUUUUCAACACCAAUGCCAGAUGCUUCAUCAUGACCUUACCAAGUCUGUCAGCAUCUGUUGUUUCUUUUUUGCCUUACCCAGGCGUUUUUCGUGUUUUAUUUUUAUUUUUUUUAAGUUUGUUUUUUUAAGUGCAUAUUCAGCACCGAGUGUUUUCUAUAAAGCCUUGCAAAAAGGUUCUCGGUUAACAAUGACAUUCAGAACAGCCACAGGUGAGCCUCCUUUUUCCUUGAGGUCAUUGGAGAAAUGUCCAAGCCCAACUUGUUUUUAAAGUGUUGUGUGUAUUUCUGUGUACGGUCCUCUCUCAGUUGUGUUCCUUGACUGCCUUUUCUUAUACAUGGUUUGAGCGAGCCUCCAUGUUGGUGAUCCUGCUGAACUGUGUAACCUUGGGAAUGUUUCAUCCCUGUGAGGACAUCGACUGCAAAUCGGAGAGAUGCAAAAUAUUACAGGAUUUUGAUGACUUUAUCUUUGCAUUUUUUGCCAUUGAGAUGGUGAUCAAGAUGGUGGCUCUGGGGAUUUUUGGCAAGAAAUGUUACCUUGGAGACACAUGGAACCGAUUGGAUUUUUUUAUCGUGUUGGCUGGGAUGUUGGAGUAUUCCCUCAACCUUCAGAAUGUCAGCUUCUCCGCAGUGAGGACAGUACGUGUGUUGCGGCCACUAAGAGCUAUCAACAGAGUGCCAAGUAUGCGUAUCCUGGUCACUCUGCUGCUGGACACUCUGCCCAUGCUGGGCAACGUGCUGCUGCUUUGCUUCUUUGUCUUCUUCAUAUUUGGCAUCGUGGGAGUCCAGCUGUGGGCCGGCCUGCUCAGAAAUCGCUGCUUUGUGGAGGAUAACUUCUCUUUUCCUCUGUCUGCGGAGCUUGAGAAAUACUACCACACUGAAAAUGACGAUGAGAACCCUUUCAUCUGCUCUCAGCCCCGAGAGAACGGCAUGAGGGACUGCGGCUCAGUGCCCAAGCUCUAUGACGAGGCAGGCCUGCAAUGCAAUCUUGACUUGUACUCGUACAACAGUACCGAUAACACCACCUGUGUCAACUGGAACCAGUACUACACCAACUGCUCUGCGGGUCUGGUUAACCCCUUCAAGGGGGCCAUCAACUUUGACAACAUCUGCUAUGCCUGGAUUGCCAUUUUUCAGGUGAUCACUCUGGAGGGCUGGGUGGAUAUCAUGUAUUUCGUGAUGGAUGCUCACUCCUUCUACAACUUCAUCUACUUCAUCCUACUCAUUAUCAUCGGCUCAUUCUUCAUGAUCAACCUAUGCCUGGUCGUCAUUGCCACUCAGUUCUCUGAAACAAAGCAGAGAGAGAGCCAGCUGAUGAAGGAGCAGAGAGUGCGCUUCAUGUCUAGUGCCAGCACCUUGGCUUCCCUCUCCGAGCCGGGGUCCUGCUAUGACGAGCUGCUCAAGUACCUUGUUCACAUCAUCCGCAAGGGGGCAAGGGAGGUGGCCCACAUCUGCAGGUUCUUAGCUCGUCGUGCAGGGAUCAACAUUGCCGCCUCUCCGCCUCCAGUAGAACCCCAGCAACGGCAAAGCCAGAGGAGAAGGAGGAAAUCUUCCAAGCAGGGAUCCUUUUCAGUUCAACACAUGGUGCACCCUCACUACCACUACCAUCUUGGCAAUGGCAGUGUGAAAGCUAAUAUCCGGUGUCUUGAAGGUAGAGAUAUGGAGGCGUCUUCUCAUAACAAUAAUGGAGGUGCGGUCGCUUUAGCUGUGCCACUACCUUCAGCAACAUCAGCCUUGUCUGACACAAAUCUGGUGGGAUUUGGUGAUUCACACUCAACUCUUGGAGUAUUCCAUCUAGAAACACGUUGCUGUACACCCUCAACUACAAACCUUUGGCAAACCCAGGGCCAGUUCUCUUUGACCCCAGCUUCCUCUUCAAGGGCAAUGAAGAGGAACUCUGUGCCCUUUGCUGCCCCUGGGCCUAAGAAUUACCCCACCUUGCAGGCAAGAGCUCUCGCUGAGUCCAGACGAGGAAGUGUCGCAACCAGCACUCUAACAAAUAUCAGUCUCAACGUCCCACCAAUAAACCAUGGGAGAAGGCGGCAGAGCUUGGUGGACACUCUCAACCCCUCAGCUGCAGCCCAGCCCUCCUGCCAGCUGUCGGCCCGUGACCUGAGCAUCACCAGCAGCGCCAUGGACACGGCGAUGUUGACAUUGGACCCUGAGAGUUGUCCUUACUGCGCAAAAGCCCUCGCCAACGAGUCCGAAGGCGGUACAGAGGGCAACGAGACACCUGGAGACUCCGACAGCGAGGGCGUCUAUGAGUUCAGCCACGACAUGCGUCGCAGAGACAGGCGAGAUAGCCGGCAGCCCAGGAAGAAAGCCUUCCGGCUGGGUAAAACAGCCGGAAAGGUGGUGCACUUCUGGAGGUUGGUGUGCGACACAUUCAGGAAGAUUGUCGAUAGCAAGUACUUUGGACGAGGAAUCAUGAUUGCCAUCCUGAUCAAUACGCUAAGCAUGGGCAUCGAGUAUCACGAGCAGCCUGAUGAACUGACCAAUGCCUUGGAGAUCAGCAACAUUGUGUUCACUAGCCUAUUCUCCCUCGAGAUGCUGUUGAAGGUUUUGGUCUAUGGGCCUUUUGGGUACAUCAAGAACCCCUACAAUAUAUUUGACGGCAUCAUUGUGGUCAUCAGCGUGUGGGAAAUCGUUGGCCAGCAGGGCGGCGGUCUUUCUGUGCUGAGGACCUUCCGACUCAUGCGGGUUCUGAAACUGGUCCGUUUUAUGCCGGCCCUGCAGAGGCAGCUGGUGGUGCUGAUGAAGACCAUGGACAACGUAGCCACCUUCUGCAUGUUGCUCAUGCUCUUCAUCUUCAUCUUCAGUAUUCUGGGAAUGCAUCUAUUUGGUUGUAAGUUUGGUUCAGAGCGGGAUGGAGACACUCUACCAGAUAGGAAAAACUUUGACUCACUUCUGUGGGCCAUUGUGACUGUUUUCCAAAUACUAACACAAGAAGACUGGAACAAGGUAUUAUAUAACGGCAUGGCGUCCACAACUCCUGUCGCAGCUCUCUACUUCAUUGCCCUCAUGACCUUCGGCAACUACGUUCUAUUCAACCUGCUGGUGGCCAUCUUGGUUGAAGGUUUCCAAACUGAGGAAGUGACCAAGCGGGAGGAUUUGCAUGCCCAACCGAGUCUAAUUCAGCUGCCUGUAGACACGGGGGGUGAUUCCUCUAAACCAGGUUCCGAAGUUGAUUCUUUUACACGGAGUAUGGAGGAUGUUAACAGCAGAGAAUUAUCAGCCUCUGCAGUGCCUGUAAAUGGUCAUGUGGAUCUAAAGACAAGCCUGACUCCUCCUCAAAUUACCCACACAGCAGCCACCCCUAUGCCAAUACCUAAAUUGCCUGUUGGGGGUGACCCCAUCCUGGGCUACGAGUCUCGCCGAAGCAGCAGUGUCUCCAUGGACCCAGGCUCCUAUGACAAGUCAAUGACCAGUGCCCGUAGUGCAUCUCCUUAUGCCCCUUGGAGCACCGGUAGUGGCAGGAACAGCCGCAGAUCCAGCUGGAACAGCUUAGGUCGUGCACCGUCCCUCAAACGCCAGGAGCGGCAAUCAGGGGAGCGGCAGUCACUGCUAUCAGAAGAGGGAGGCUCCAGCUCAGAAGAAGGUGAGGACACAGGAGAGGGAGGAGGUGGGCUGGAGGAGGAUGACGCUUCCAUAGCCAGGACAGACUCCAUGACACAGUCGCAGAGAGGGCCUCGUCAUCGGAGGAUGGAGUCAAUAGAAACACGCCGCUCCAUGGAUUUACCCCCUGAUGCUCUACUGCAGGUACCCUACCUGUACCGCUCAGACAGCAUGUACAGUUCCAGACCGCCUCUACCGAUUACAUUCCGGCCUGCAGAGCAUAUCGAUUGCAACGGGAAGGGCACACCCUCACUGGUGGGCCCUACACAUGUCUCUUUGGAGGAGAAUACUGAAGAUGAAAACGCAGAGGAGGAGACCAAUCUGGGACGUGUUGCCAGAUUGUUUCACUGGCUGGAGAGGAAACAACCUGAGUGGUGUCGACGAAGAGACACCUGGUCGCUCUACCUCUUUCCUCCGGAGUCAAGGUUCCGGGAUGUGUGCAAUAAGAUCAUCCACCACAAGAUGUUCGACCAUGUGGUGUUGGUCAUCAUCUUCCUCAACUGCAUUACGAUUGCCAUGGAGCGUCCUCACAUUGACCCCACUAGUGCUGAGCGGAUCUUCUUAACAUUGUCCAACUACAUCUUCACAGCAAUCUUUGUGACUGAAAUGACUGUAAAGAUUGCGGCUUUGGGUUGGUGCUUUGGAAAUAAGUCCUACCUGAGGAGCAGCUGGAACAUUCUGGAUGGGAUGUUAGUGAUGAUAUCUGUUAUCGACAUCCUGGUUUCUUUCUUCUCAAAUUCUGGUACCAAGAUCCUGGGCAUGCUCAGAGUACUUAGGCUCCUGCGUACCCUGAGGCCACUACGUGUCAUCAGUCGAGCUCCAGGGCUAAAACUGGUCGUUGAGACCUUGAUGUCUUCACUGAAGCCCAUCGGCAACAUCGUGGUCAUCUGCUGCGCCUUCUUCAUAAUAUUUGGCAUCCUAGGAGUACAGCUCUUUAAGGGGAAGUUCUUCGUUUGUCAAGGGGAAGAUGUGAGGAACAUCACCAACCGGUCAGACUGUUUACAAGCCAGCAACAAAUGGGUCAGACACAAGUACAACUUUGACAACCUGGGACAGGCCUUGAUGUCUCUCUUUGUCCUGGCAUCAAAAGAUGGUUGGGUGGAUAUUAUGUACGAUGGACUAGAUGCUGUAGGAGUAGAUAAACAGCCAGUGAUGAACUACAAUCCAUGGAUGCUGCUUUACUUCAUCUCCUUCCUUCUGAUCGUGGCCUUCUUUGUGUUGAACAUGUUUGUGGGCGUGGUGGUGGAAAACUUCCACAAGUGUCGGCGCCACCAGGAGGCUGAGGAGGCCAAGCGCAGGGAGGAGAAGAGACUGAAACGCAUGGAGAAAAAGAGACGGAAAGCUCAGAGUAAGCCCUACUACUCCGAUUACUCUCCGACCCGUUUGAUUAUCCACAAGCUGUGUACCAGCCACUACCUGGACCUGUUCAUCACCAUCAUCAUAGGGCUCAACGUCGUCACGAUGUCCAUGGAGCACUACCAGCAGCCAAAGGAGCUGGAUGAAGCAUUGAAGAUCUGUAACUACAUCUUUACUCUCAUCUUCGUUCUGGAGUCAGUCUUCAAGCUGGUGGCCUUUGGUUUUCGGCGCUUCUUUAAGGACAAGUGGAAUCAGCUGGACCUGGCCAUCGUGCUGCUAUCCAUCAUGGGUAUCACCCUGGAGGAGAUUGAGGUCAAUGCUUCACUGCCCAUUAACCCGACCAUAAUCCGCAUCAUGAGAGUUCUGAGGAUUGCGCGAGUACUUAAGCUUUUGAAGAUGGCGGUGGGAAUGAGAGCCUUACUGGACACCGUUAUGCAAGCCCUGCCACAGGUGGGAAAUCUGGGUCUUCUCUUCAUGCUUCUGUUCUUCAUCUUUGCAGCCCUGGGAGUUGAACUGUUUGGUGACUUGAUUUGCGAUGAACUCCACCCAUGUGAAGGCCUUGGUCGCUAUGCAACGUUCAAAAACUUUGGGAUGGCGUUUUUGCUGCUCUUCAGAGUUUCAACUGGGGACAACUGGAAUGGUAUCAUGAAGGACACACUGAGGGACUGUGCACAAGACACCGGGACUUGCUACAAUACCGUUGUCUCUCCCAUCUACUUUGUCUCCUUCGUCUUGACCGCUCAGUUUGUCCUGGUCAAUGUUGUCAUUGCUGUCUUGAUGAAGCACCUGGAGGAGAGCAACAAGGAGGCCAAAGAGGAGGCCGAGCUGGAGGCCGAGUUGGAGCUGGAACUGCACAUGGAGGGGGGCGACAUGGCGACCAGGUCGCCCCAGCUUAACCCUCUCACGCUGGGCUUGGACAGGUCAAGUUCUGGGGGUUCCCCCUGGAGGUCCACCGGAGCAGGGGACAUGGGACAGGAUAGGGACUCGCCCACUGUUGAUAUACCCAGAGAACCUGUGAACAUCAUAGAUGAUACUCCUUCAUGCCUGGAGCAGCCUCUGGAGUUUGUCCAGCGAAGAGCCCAGUUUGACUCGGUCUCCCUGGUCAUCCAGGGUUCAAUGGAUGGGGAGUUGAGUUUGAUGGACAACUUGUCUGGCUCUGUGUGCCGCUACUACGCGUUGCCCUCCAAGGCCAACAAGCCCAACACCGACAAAGAGAUCCCUCUAGCCGAGAUGGACGCUGUCUCUCUGGCCUCUGAGAAAUCCUGGUCCCUAGCUCUGACAGAAGACUCGGUCACUGAUGAUUUUAACUCCCUCUUUCUCAGCAGUCUGGAAUGCAAUACCGAGCAACUCGACCCUGGGGGAACAAUGGAGGACAACCUGUUGAGUGUCAGGAAACCUGCGGUGGGACGCACACACUCCCUACCCAACGACAGCUACAUGUUCUUCCCGCUGCAGCCUUCUGGCAAGCCGACCGCGGCUUCAGCACAGCUUCUUGCACAGGCACCUCAGCCCCAGCACAUACUGAGCCCCCAUAGAGCCCAUUCAGACUCCAGUGGUUCAGUACGUUCGCAACCAGAAGAGUUUUCCCAACGACUGGCCAUCCCCACCGACCUCUUUAGACCCAUCAGCCCUCACAGUCACUCCGACUCAGAAAGCAUACCACGACUACCCCCUCCCAGACACUCACAUACGCUGAGCCGCAAGCUGCGCAGACAGGUCGCAGUGUCUACUGACUCUCAGGAGGCCCUGUGCUCGGAUGGAGAGGGAAGCAGCGAAGGACUUGUGAAUGCGGCUUCUCUUGGCCUCCCUCAACAUCUCUCUGACUCCUCAUCCUCCAAAUCCUCACCCUUUCCCUUCCACCAUCACCAGCAAGAGCAGCCUGCGCUCUGUCUGGUCCCGGCCACACCGGGGGCGUCCCCGAAACCUUCGCGCCCCAGCGGUGUGCAGCACCGCCUCGACUCGCCUCCGCCCUUACCGGUGAGGCCGCAGCGACAAAACGAGGCAUCCGUGGAUCAGGAAGUGUCCCUUAUUACCGGGGCCGGGUUGACCGGGAGCGAUGACGUCAUCCGGACUGACGAACUCGGCAGUAGCAGCAGCGUCGGCGCCACAGAGGACUACGAGAACAACGCGCACUGUCAAGAAAGCGGCAGCCCUCGCUUGAGGCCGUUGAAGAGGUUCCACAGCGUUGACACGCAAGGCCGCAGCAUCCUCCUGCACCGCCUUCGCCCUUACUCCUGGCUGGACGACCCGCGGCGCCACUCUGUGGAGGUCUGCUCCGUGGUGGAGUCCCGCCCCCAAUACAGCACCACGUCCACGUCUUCUGGUUUCGUGUCGCAGGCCGACAGUCUGCAGAUCCGCAGCCAGACUCAGACCUCGCUGCUCUCACCUCGCCGCAAAAAGAAGAUGAGCCCACCUUGCAUCUCCGUGGAUCCGCCUGACGGUUCGGAGCCCUCGUCAGGGUUGCCGCCGCCCUUGCCCAGUCGGGACUCAUGCCUUAGGCGGAGAGCGCCCUCUAGUGACUCGAAGGACUCAUUAGAUCUCGGUGUUGGAGAAGGUUCCGGACAGGACCCCAACGCCAACCCCAUGCUACUGACUCUUCCCAGUUUGUCCUUUGAGAAGACUGAUGGCUGACAAGCGAACACACAAAGACGCACACAAGACCUAAUGUGAUAUUUGAAGUUAUGCUGUAAAGAGUGAGACACCCCCGGCUCCUUUCCCAGGAGCAGUGCUGUAGUAGCGCCACCGUCCUUUGUAUAUUUUAAACUGCCAAAAAGGGAGACCACACAAGACACACCAGCGUCUCCCCUCCUGCUUACAGCUGCAUGCAAUUGGCUGCAGUCGACCCGGCAACCUCUGGAGUGACAUCACAAAGCGAUGCCACCUUAGAACUUCCGUUGGAGGUACAAAGCAAUAUGAACGUUUUAGAGACACUAUUUUCUUAAAUUAUUAGAUAGGAUGUUAGUUAGAUUAUUAGUGUUUGUACAGGAUGUUGUUUUUUUUUAUGUUUUUUUUUUUUUUUCUAUUCUUUUAUGUUCAUGUGACUUUUUUCUGAAAGGUUUUGUCUUGUCUUUUUUUCCACUCUAGGUUAUUUCUAGCUUUCUUGGUUUACUGAGGAAAGUGGACGUUUUACAAAGUGCUGAAAACUAUGUAUUUGUAGGAAUAAUAUAUAAAU